GCCUCUUAUCACACACACACACACACACACACCAAACUAUGGAGCCGAUCAAACACACACUUAUUUAAUUCAUGAAGAAAUCUUUCUCCCAAACCUGUCGUACAUCGCAGUUUGGGACUAAUUUGUUCUUUUUAACCCUCGUUUCCUUUUUUCUUCUUCCCCUCUGUUUAAAAUGGUUUGUGUGGGCGACUGGAUCUACAUUAUUUGGAUUUUACUCUUUUCCAUUUUUGAUGCGGUUCUCUCGAGUUAUUCUGAAGAUCAGUGCAGCUGGAGAGGAAGCGGUUUGUCCCAGCAGCAGGGCAGCGUAGAGCAGAUCUCCCUGCACUGCUCUGAGGGAACCCUGGACUGGUUAUACCCUCAAGGGGCUCUGCGCCUCACUCUGUCACCUCGCCUGCCGUCUGUGGCAGUAGGACCCAGCGGUAGCAGCUCAGGCCUCAUCACAGCCUGUGUUAAACCUUCCGAACAGUUCCACGGAGCCCAACUGUACCUGGAGAGAGACGGGGUCUUGGAACUCCUCGUAGGAGACCGCCCAGAGUCCUCCCCACCGCCGAGGGUGCGCUGCUUCAGCCGUUUGCCUGGGGAGAGAGUGGCCCUUUUUUUGCAAGCCACACCCCAUCAGGAUAUCAGCCGGCGUAUUGCCUCCUUUCACUACGAGCUGAGAGGGGAUUGGUCUGCCCGCCUGUCACUCGACUCCACCUCCAUCAGCAGUGAAGAUGCCUGCAGACCCUGCAACAACACUGAGAUUCUGAUGGCAGUCUGUACCAGUGACUUUGUGGUGCGUGGAAACAUUCAGUCAGUGGAGGAAGACGAGAAUCUACGUGCGGCAGUGAUUAAGGUCAGCGCCACGCGGGUGUUUCGUCAGAAAUACGCCCUAUUCACUGGCACCAGUCGGUUGAGGAACCAGGGCGAGAUUAGAACUUUGCUGCAGUGUGGCGUCAAACCAGGACCGGGCAGCUUUCUUUUCACUGGUCGAGCCCAUUUUGGGGAGGCGUGGUUAGGCUGCGCUCCUCGAUACAAAGACUUCCAGCGGACUUACACCACAGCCAAAGCGGCCCAGCAGAUACCCUGUGAACUGCCUGUAGACUGAGUGAGAAACUUUCCGUCAGCUCGUCUGCCGCGUAGAAUCAAGGCUGUGCGGGAAGCCAGCCUCCUCCCGGGCUGCCAGAACUUCUUGGUAACACGGUUAGGAAGACGUCAUGGUGCACAAGCUUUGGCUGGGUUAGCCACGGCACCACCGGCGGAUGGCAUCUUCCGAAAGGACUUAAGAUCAGUGCAAUAUGCAAUCACCUGGUCCAAAAGACCCGGUGGAGUCACGAAGUUUGGGAUAUGGUAAAAAUGAAGAUUUUGGCAUUAGACAAAUGUGACAACAUUAUGCAGUUUCAGCUGUUUUAAAAAGCUUUGGUAUAAAUUGAUACCAUCAGUCCAUGCGUGGUGACUGUUAUGACUUUGGAACUCAGGAAUAUCUCUAAAAAGUUCUGCUGCGACACAUCCAGGUCAGAUGGGGUGAUCCAGGAUUUUUUUUUCCCCCCCACAGUGUUUUAGUGAUUGCAACAAAACGCGUGGUCAACUGUUUUAAGCAGCCGGCUGGAGGCAACUGAGCACCUAAUCACGUUUUUAGUGGCUGGAUCAUUACUGGAGCCAUCCUCAAUUGAAGAGAUUAGAAAAGGGCCACGUGAUAGGAAUAAUAUUUGCACUGAAAAGGAUAAGGGAAUGAUCUGGAAAGUGCAAAGCUGCAAGCACUGAAAACCAAAAAAAGAAGAAAAUAGAAUUUUUAAGAAAUAAAGCAACUAUAUGUAGCAUAGAGAAGUGAACAAGAAUUUAAUAUAUGUACAGAUAAUGUGAGCACGGAGCAUCACAAAGCUAACUGAGGAUUUUCGCGGCUAGAAGCAGUGCUGGAAGCACUUUUCUGUUAUUGUCAGCUCAGACUUUUAUUUCAGGAGAUUGUAAUAAAAUUAGGGAUGUCCCGAAUCAGUCUCAAAGAUCAAUAUCGAGGCUGAUCAAGGCAUUUUUUGACUGACUGGUAUCAGUGUUAUUCAACACGAGUUGGAGUCGUCUAUGAUCCAUUUUCUAAGUAACGUGUCGACAAAGCUGAUGGCCACUGCUCUAUUCAAUGCUUGCUAACAAGCAACAUCAUGGCGUGUUUUAAAAACAUAUCUAUGCUCUGCUUCGCUUCAAAUAUGUACCAAGUCUGUUGGAGGCUGUCUGGCUUCGUGUCCAGUCUUUUGGCCUCAAUGUCAAGUUUAAAUUGUUGCUUGAAAGUGCACCAACUGCUGUCAACUUUCCUUGUUAGCUUCAGGUUCUGCAGUGGCUUAAAAUCAUCCAUUAUCAUGGCGCUUUUCAUAAUUCGCUUCCACAUUGUACCCAUCAGAGAACAAUACAGAAAUAGUGAUGCAUCAAUAAAAAUUGUAAGCAUUCAAGUUUUUUUUAUUAUUAAUUUUAAAUGGUUGUUGAUGAUAGAGUCUUAUUUUGUCAACAUCCAAAAUUAUUUUUCUCCUCCAGCAUCUCCUUGCCUGCGCAACAACUUGGUCGAAAUGAUCACGUACAAACCCUCAACCAAUCAUCACACAACCGCUAGUCAGAUUUAAUCCAAGAUGGCGCUAUAUCCACUUUGCAAUCGAAAACUGUGUUUCAAUCGAGACCAUCUUUUUAAUAGGCGGGGUAAAAAACGUUUUAAAAAAAGAGAGAGAAGAGGCUGGACACUCCAGACCUAACAUUACUGACACGUAGUGGAAAGAAGUAAAAAAAAAAAAACUCUUGCGCCUUUCUUUGAAGUUAAU